GCUGAAGGCUGCCUUGCCUUUGCAUCCGGAGACGCGGGCAGUUCGCGUGGUCUCUGCUUCUGCCACUUUCCCCGCUAUCGCCUUAACACCAUGGACGCCGCCAAGCAAGUGGUUAACUUUGGGCCCGGGCCUGCCAAGCUGCCACACUCGGUAUUGUUAGAGAUACAGAAGCAGCUACUAGACUACAAAGGACUUGGCAUCAGCGUGCUUGAAAUGAGUCACAGGUCAUCAGAUUUCGCCAAGAUUAUUGGCAACACAGAGAAUCUUGUGAGGGAAUUGCUAGCCGUUCCCAACAACUACAAGGUGAUCUUUGUACAAGGAGGUGGGUGUGGCCAGUUCAGUGCUGUCCCCUUAAAUCUGAUUGGCCUGAAAACUGGAAGGCGCGCCGACUAUGUGGUGACAGGAGCUUGGUCAGCUAAGGCCGCAGAAGAAGCCAAGAAGUUUGGGACAGUGAACAUUGUCCACCCUAAACUUGCAAGUUACACGAAAAUUCCAGAUCCAAGCACCUGGAACCUCAACCCGGACGCCUCCUAUGUGUACUUCUGUGCAAACGAGACUGUGCAUGGGGUGGAGUUUGACUUCAUACCGGACGUCAAGGGAGCAGUGCUCGUCUGUGACAUGUCCUCUAACUUCCUAUCCAGGCCAGUGGACGUUUCCAAGUUUGGUGUGAUUUUUGCUGGUGCUCAGAAGAAUGUUGGCUCUGCUGGGGUGACGGUGGUGAUUGUCCGCGAUGACCUGCUGGGGUUCGCCCUCAGAGAGUGCCCAUCAGUUCUCGACUACAAAGUGCAGGCUGGAAACAACUCUUUGUAUAACACACCUCCGUGUUUCAGCAUCUACGUCAUGGGCAUGGUCCUGGAAUGGAUCAAGAACAAUGGCGGAGCAGCAGCCAUGGAGAAGCUCAGCUCCAUCAAAUCCCAAAUGAUUUAUGAGAUCAUCGAUAAUUCUCAAGGAUUUUAUGUAUGUCCCGUGGAGCGCCAAAAUAGAAGCAGGAUGAACGUUCCAUUUCGCAUCGGCAAUGCCAAGGGAGAUGAAGCUUUGGAAAAGCGAUUUCUCGAUAAGGCAGAGGAACUCAAUAUGAUCUCCUUGAAGGGGCACAGGUCAGUGGGAGGCAUCCGCGCCUCUCUGUACAAUGCUGUCACAACUGAAGAUGUUGAGAAGUUGGCCGCCUUCAUGAAGAAUUUUCUGGAGAUGCAUCAGCUGUGAGCGUCUGCCCGUGAGCGGCCUGCAGCGUUUCGAGUAACCUGGGACUGGCUACAGAAACCUAACAGACGUGGGUUUUUCCAAAUACAUGCUUAUUACAGAUUCCUUUGUUAAAGAAUAACAACUAAACAUCAUGGGGCACUACAGAGCCGAGGAAAUUGCCAGCCAAUGGCCACCUCCAUUCUUACGAGACCGGGAAGCCUUUCGAAAGCGUUCCUGUCACUUUUCUAACGAACUCAGCCUGUCGGUCAUCUCCGCCGCUCCCUUCUCUGGUGGACUGAAGGACUUGCCGGGACUUUUCCCUGCUGGUUCCAACUGGUUAUUAUUAGGAGUAUAUCACAAGGAGCCCGAGAGGCCCUCUGUGCUGAAUCGACAGCAGUGAGUUUGCUGGGUUCUGCAGCUGUUGGUUAAAGUCAACCUCUACUCAAGAGCAUUUUGGAUCUGCAUACUGCCAUUCCCAUAAAGAGAUAGGCGUGAUGUGCUGUGUUUAUGUAGUGGGUAUUUUUUUUUAAACACCAUAUGGUUUAUAUCUAUGCCUUUAUAUUUCUAACAAAACAGUUCUGUAGAGGCAUUUAGAGUUUGUUCAGCUCGUGACUUUGUGCGUGACUGUUGUCCGUUGUGGACACCUUCCACCUACUGCCUUUUCAAGCUGCUUCAUGAGAAGGAUCUAGACAUUCCGUGGUUCACUUUUCUCUCUUUGCCACAAGUAGAAGAAAUGGUUGAUUCUUUGCUUUUCAGUUAGGCCGUUAAACAAAACUCAGUUACACCCCCAGCCCCCAAGCUGAUCACAUGGCCGUUUUUAUAGUUUAACCUGGGCGACACUUUUCAUUCCAGAUCUUUGCUGAGGUCUUCUCUGGUUGUUCAUGUGUUAGUGUUUUCAAUUGACUGAAGAAUAUUAAAGUCCUAAGUCAUCUAAA